AUGCAAAUUUCGCGACGGGCGCUUCAAAAAAGCCUAAUUCUGUUCCACAAUAUUCAAAAGUGGCCGGCGGCGCUCGCGGAGGAAAUCGUGCAGGCUUGUUAUGUGAAAAAAGACUUCAUCACUGAAGCCGAGGAAAAAUCGCUGCUAACCGAGGUGGAACCGCAUAUGAAACGGCUUCGAUACGAGAAGAGUCAUUGGGAUGAUGCGAUUCACCUGUACCGUGAGCGUGAGCAACGGAAAUGGCGAGACGAGAAUCUCGACGUCAUCUCCAGAAUUCGCUCCGAAUCGUUCGGAGCCAAUACGGAGCACUUGACGUACGUGCACAUUCUGGAUUUGCACAAAGACGGUGUCAUCAAACCGCACAUUGACUCGAUUCGGUACUGCGGCGACGUCAUCACCGGUGUCUCCUUGCUCUCCGACGCCAUCAUGCGGCUCCGGCAUAAGGACCAGAAGGACGAGCUGGUGGUGGACCUGCUGAUGCCAAGAAGGAGUUUGUAUCGAUUGGGCGGUCCCGGCCGCUACGACUUCACCCACGAAGUGCUCGACGAGACGGAAAGUGUAUGGCAGGGACAAAAAGUGCCCCGGGACCGACGGAUUUCAAUAAUUUGCCGAGAUUUGCCAAAACUCUCGAAUCGAGCCAUUCAGGAGGAGGAGAUCAAGCUGAAACCGAUUCCGGAGGAGAAUUAG